GGGCCACAUCCCACUGCCUGUGCAGCGUCCAACCAUGGAGGUGACCACCGUAUUCCCAUCUCCUGCCUCACCUGCUGAAGGAGAUAACACAUGUGGAACUGAUAUCACCUUUGUGGCCAUAGGUGGCAUCAUGCUGCUCAUCUGCCUCUGUGGGCUGGCUGGGAACGGGGCUCUCCUCUGCCUCCUCAGCUUCUGCAGGAACCCCAUCACAGUCUAUAUCUUCCAUUUGGCUGUCGCUGACUUCCUCUUUCUCCUCUUUGUGGUCACCUCCCUCCUGCUUCACCUGCUGGAGGAAGUUUCCUGCUCCACUAUUAUGCUCCAGGAGUACCUGAAGCUGUUUUUCCUGCUCUCGCUGUUCUCUUACACCACGGGGCUCUGCCUGCUGACAGCCAUCACCAUCGAGAGGUGCACAUCCGUCCUCUGCCCACUCUGGUACCGCUGCCACCGUCCCAAACACCUGUCACGGUUCAUGAGUGUCCUUCUCUGGGCCCUCCCCUUUGUUACAGUGGUUAUCCUGUGCCUGUCACUGAAGCCCCACCACUGCCAGGUGUCUCUCAUCUUCAUGAAUGCCCUCAACCUGCUCUUUGCUGCGGCCAUGGUCAUUUCCAGCACAAUUCUCUUCAUUGAGGUCAAGCGUGGAUCCCAGCAGCAGCAGCAGCCCAAGAGACUCGACGUCCUUAUCAUCCUCACUGUGCUCUUCGUCCUCCCCUUCACUCUCCCGCUCAGCCUCUGGACGUUACUGCAGCAGCUCGGCUACACCGUUGUGUCAGCCCCAGUGGUUUUCCUGCUCGCCUGCAUCCGCAGCACCAGCAGCCCCUUCAUCUGCUUCUCGGUGGGGAGCUGCAGGAGGCCCUGCUCCCUGGAGUGCUGCAGGAGGCCCUGCUCCAUGGGGUCCCUAAGGAAGGCUCUCCUGAGAGUCUUUGGGGGCACAGAAGAAAACACUGCCAGCAGCAAUGAUCCCGUCACGGACAUUGUGCUCUGAGCCUGUUGAUUCCUGCCACUGCACUGCUGAAUAACCCGACUGCAGCUGAGAGAUUCCUCGAGCUGCCUGAUCAAUAAAUAUCCACAGGACCACCCUCCCUCUGCUGUGCAUCCUCACCCUCUUUCCAGUCCACACUGAGAUCUCAGAAAUGCUCCUGGCCAAUGAAUUCCGUUGUGCUGCCGCUUAACAUUAAAGCCGGUUUUUGCUGAUCCCCUUGGCGGUGACUUUUUCAGUGAUCUCAAACACUCAUUUGGCUCACUCUCGCCGUGUAAUUCUGCCGGAGAAGGGAGCAGC